AUGAAAUCUGCAAAUCAAGAACGGACUGGCAUAGCCCAGAGACUUGAUACCUCAUACACCAGCUUUCGCUCGAAGGAUGGCAUACGAUCUCCCCGAACACCUACAUAUAUCCCUGACUCUCCCUCGUCAGGCUUACUCACGCCGUUUGAUCACGCCAAAUUUCUUGACAAGUCGGAGUUGAAACCCCUCAAUAGUCCACCACCGCAGACCCCCGAGACAUGGGUAUGGACGUGCCAUCUGUGUCACUCGCGAUACCCUCUGGGAGUGACUCGUCGCUGUCUCGUUGAUGGACAUUACUAUUGCUCUGGCGAAACCGACCGUCCAAGCCUGAGGAAACGAAAGAAGCCCAAGAGUUGUUCCAGUGAAUUUGAUUACCACUCAUGGAAGGCUUACGGCGAAUGGCGAAGGAAGGUGUUGCGAGCAAUGGAAAAUCCGAGAAUCCUAAGAGGCUGCGACUAUUGCGACUAUCCGAGCCAAUGCCUGUCGGGCCAGGCACAUCCUAUUGCAGGAAUUGUGUCAAUCCACGAAUCCAAGUCCGAUACCGCCUCGUCGACCGCAGUGGGAGUCAGAGACAGCAAUAGUCCCAACUCUCCAAAGGACGCGGUUCUGAAUGAUAUCUUGUCCAACCACAAACAAGGCACAGAUGACUCAAAAGGAUGUUCACGGAGAGCAAAGGAGGCAACUACGGUAUCAAUGAAACAUAGAAAAGAAGUACAAGGAGUGUUGAUUCCGUCUUUACAGGAGGAGAUGGACAAGGAAGUAGCGAGAUUACAAGAGAUCGUGGGCAUGCACGUCUGGAGCGACAUGGGGGCUGUGGAAUUGGAGAAAGAA